AUGCCGAUCCGCCCAUUGGAUGAAUGGGCCGCUGCCCGCACGCAGUCUCUCCCACUCUCCGCUCUCAAAGGUGCCGUCGUCGGUAUCGAUGCGUCGCAUUACAUCAAACAGCACCUCCUCCACCCUUCCACCCGUGAGCCUCUCCUGGUCGCUCUUGGCGGAUUCCCGUUCGCCCUGAGGAAUAAUAUCGAACGAGAGCUGCAGCUCUUCAAGGACGCCGGCGUAACAUGUGUUUUUGUUUUCGACGGUCUCGACUUUGGCACUAAGAACCAGAGACCCCACGUAUCGCCGGAGUCGGUGCGGGCAUUUGAGCAAGCUUGGGACCUCUAUGACCAACAACAGGCCGAUCAAGUGGUGGAUGCAUUUAGUGGUGCUGAUUAUAUUGUGGCUCCUUAUAGUGCUGCGGCUCAGCUUGCCUUCCUCUCAAAAGGCCCCAAUCCCCUGGUGGACGCAGUGUGCGGGCCAUCGGAAGUCUUGAUGUUCGACGUGGAUAAGUUAAUUACCCGGAUUGACGCCGACCUAGCGCAGUUUUUCUGGAUAACCAAACAGACAUGCCAGGAGGAAUUGGGUAGACUGUCCAAUGAGCAGUUCCUGGACUUCUGUCUCCUCCUGGGAUCUUUAUUCCUACCGACAUUCCCCAUAUUCGAGAACCCCGCCUUUCCUGGAAAGGGCGCUACCAUUCGGGAUGCUCUACCGAUGUUCAACUCUGCUGGACGGAGCGCCCUCUCGCUGUGCGCCCAGUUCGAGGAGGAUCGCCGUAUGCAGGAGCUUCAAUACACAGACCGUUACAAGCGUGCAUUCAUGACAGUGAAGCACCAUGUGUUUAUAGACGCGGAAGGACGGGUGGGCCCGAUGGACCCAGAGAACACCUCUUCCGACAUGCACGAGCUGAUCGGCCAGCGUCUUCCUGAAGAACUCUACUUUUAUCUCUCGAAAGGCGUCUUGGGCGCUGAUGUGCCCAACUACCUGACGUCUGGCGAGGUCGUGGUAUCUCGUCCUUUGGGCGUGGAAGAUACAGAGAUCUAUCGCCAGGUUGCCGGGACCACCCUUACUCCAAUUAGAACCCAAGCCAUAUGCUUGCUUUCUAACUCCCUCCAUAGAUUCUACCAGACCAAGGUGAUCCAAGUGCGCACUUGGUAUGACGAGAAGUCCGAUACAUCAGUCAAUCUCAAGUCUUUGCCUUCGGUUAAAGACACUAUUCAGUCUUGGAAGAUCCGUAUUGAUCAGCUACCGGAGGGGUUGAAGAAACUGCAGCGGUUGAAUGGCCCGUUCAAGUUUGCCGUCCAAAGCUUGAAGGAUCCGGAGUUUGUGUCCAAGUCUCUGUCUGCUAGGGAGUCCCAGUACCAGCCACUAUCGUCCCAAGAAGAGAUCCUUGCCAACGUUUUCUGGAGAUUCUUACAACUGCGUGGGUAUAUCGACGAGAAACACCAGCUCACUUCCUGGGGCCUUUGUCUGGAGCAAGCCCUAUCGGCACUUGACCCAGUUGAUAACCUUGAGGAGGCUACCUUCCUUGCCAUUGAGAUGGUACGCUUUGGUGUCCUCAAUGCGAAGCAAUGGUUUUCCCACGUAUCAGGAGGCCCGAUGAGAGGUUCUGAUGAGGACAAAAACUUCAACAUUCUCGUCUCUCGCGUGGCAUGUAUCGCUAAGCUACAGCAUAAGAGCAUUGGCUACUCUGGACCUCUGAGCCGGCAACUACUCUGCUACCGAUCGUUGGUUUCGGAAGUCCGCGUCACAUUAAGGAAUCUGAUUGAAGUCGUUUUGACUGGCCUUCUACUCAGCGGAGAUGCGAACAGGGAUCGGGACGACUGGACCAGUUUAAGUGUCAAGUUGCCCUUUAUCGACGACAAUGACUGCGGUCUGGGUAUCGCCGUCCGCACAUACCUUGAUGACUUGCCCCUGCAAGCCGACCCGACAUCGCCAGAGGCACGGGCUGAAGUGAAGUCGAAGGGUAAGGAAUGGUUCCAACACAGCGAUAGCUUUACAGGUAAUUUGGAUUUGGCUUUCAAGCUUUGGGAUGCGGUGAGUAUAUCUUAUGCCUUGGACUGCCGGCGUGAACUCGGUACUGAUUUCACCCUGCAGGUCUACAAAGGAACACAGCACGCAGGAAAAGAAUUCAAGGACGGUAAACUAUUUGGGGACGCGAACAGCUGCUUGUCUUUACGUCUUAUCUUCCUAAUCAUUACCAUGACUCGUCUGAGCUACCUGCUCGUGAGCUGCCUCAGCGUCGUGAGCGCUGCUUCCGCAGUCGUCGACCUGGUUCCCAAGAACUUCGACAAUGUCGUCCUCAAGUCCGGCAAGCCCGCCCUCGUUGAAUUUUUCGCCCCCUGGUGCGGUCAUUGCAAGAACCUCGCGCCUGUGUACGAGGAGCUCGGACAAGCUUUCGCCCACGCCGAAGACAAAGUUACCAUCGGCAAGGUGGAUGCUGACGAGCACCGCGAUCUCGGAAAGAAGUUCGGUAUUCAGGGAUUCCCGACUCUCAAAUGGUUCGAUGGCAAGAGUGACAAGCCCGUAGACUACAAUGGUGGUCGGGAUCUGGAGAGUUUGUCUAACUUCGUGGCGGAGAAGACGGGCGUCAAGCCUCGUGGUCCCAAGAAGGAGCCCAGCGAGGUUGAGAUGCUGACGGAUUCCUCCUUCAAGACUACUAUUGGAAGUGACAAGGAUGUUCUGGUUGCUUUCACCGCCCCUUGGUGUGGACACUGCAAGAACCUCGCCCCUACCUGGGAGUCCCUCGCUAAGGACUUCGCCCUCGAGCCCAACGUUGUGAUCGCCAAGGUCGAUGCUGAGGCUGAGAACGCCAAAGCCACUGCCCGGGAGCAGGGUGUCACCGGCUACCCGACCAUCAAGUUCUUCCCCAAGGGCUCUAAGGAGGCUGUUGCUUACUCUGGCGCCCGCUCGGAAGAGGCUUUCGUUGAGUUCGUGAACGAGAAGGCCGGCACUAACCGCGCCGUCGGAGGCGGUCUUGAUGACAAGGCUGGCACCAUCGCCUCUCUCGACGAGCUGGUCGCCAAGUACACCUCCUCCCAGAACGUUGAGGAGCUCCUCGGUGAGGUGAAGAAGGCUGCCAAGGAGCUGCAGGACAAGUACGCUCAGUACUAUGUCAAGGUUGCCGAGAAGCUCAGCCAGAACAAGGAGUAUGCCGGCAAGGAAUUUGCUCGUCUGAAGAAGAUCAUCGCCAAGGGUGGUUCGGCGCCGGAGAAGGUCGACGACCUCAUCUCUCGUAGCAAUGUUCUGCGCCAGUUCCUGAGCCAGGAGAAGAGUGAUAUGGAAAUGAAGGAUGAGUUGUAG